AUGAAGGGGUUUGACCAGGUGGAGGUAACCCUCGACAACACCCGCCACUACAUGUGGUACAAGCGGCACGACGGUCUGGACCAGCGGGCGCUCUUCGUCGUCAACCUCCCGGCGGCGGCGUCGUUGGCCGACGUCAAAAAGUUUUUCGAACGGGUCGCCAUCGGCGCCACCAUCCAAGAAUACACCCCCAGCGUGCUUCUGGAUUAUCCUCAGGAGGUAUGGGUGAACAUGCUGAGGUUGACCAGCGACCUCGAUCUUUCGGUGGAUCUGCCAAAGUACCGCCUCCCUAAAAACAGCGCCAUCGUCACCUUCGUCGACAAGAGCGCGUGCCAGUUGGCGGUGCUGGGGCUUAAGAAAGUUGGGGAAGUUGAGUGGCCGCUGGCGGGGGCGAUGGCCCACUAUUACGCCCUGAAAUACCAGGCGAAAUACCGCGACGCCGAAGAGCUCGCCGUCGAAGUGCUGGAGGCGCUCGCCGAGUUCGGCAGCGCCGAGCGCCAGCUGAUGCAAAACUUACAGAAACCGUUAGUCGACGACGACGGGUUCACCAUGGUGGUGGGGCUGCACCGCAAGACUAAACGGGGGUUAUUGGGCAAACAGAAGUUGGCGCAGACGGUCGAGCUGACCAAGGCGGCAGCGAAACUUAAAAAGAAAGAAAAGGAAGAUUUCUACCGCUUCCAGUUGCGACAGAGAAAGAAGGAGGAGAUGAACGACUUGUUGCGCAAGUAUAAGGAGGACCAGGAACGGGUGAAGACGUUAAAGGAAAAGAAACGCUUUCGUCCUUAUUAA